AUGGCAUCAAAGAUAUCGCCCAACCGACGCAGGUCGCUCGCCGUUUUGAAUCAAGGCGCGUCAUCUCGCCACAACAGUCGCCGCCGCGCAUACAGUAUAGCGCCGGGAGAGAAGCUGAGCCCUGCUGCGCGAGCUCGUCGCUCCUUGGCUCCGCGUAAGAGCAUCUUGAAGAUCUCCAAUGUUCCUGAGAGCACAGAAUCCUCCGCACUCGGCGAUGAGACGGGUACCCAAUCCAUGGAUUUCACGGAGGUGCACUCGCAUGGUCCCCGUAAGAGCCUUGCAAGACGUGUCAGCUUUGCCAGUCAUGCGCACGUUCGUCUCUUCGAAAUUCGGGAGCAGAACACCAACAGCAGCGGGGGACCGCCGUCUUCGCCCAUCGAGGAUUCUCCAAAUGGCGACCACCGUGCUGAUGAUGAAGAUGCUAGUCCUGAUGCCGCACAUAGUCGUCGUCGCAGCUCAAUGCGUCGUCGGUCGUCAACUGGGUUCAGUGAGUUUGGAGAGCGUUCCAUGGACAUGGACAUGGACGAUACUGCUCCGCUUCCCCGUGACUUCCUCGGACAGAGCGACUAUCAGCUAGGAGGAACUGCUGUAGAGGACGAUGAAUUCUCGGACGAGGACGAUGAAGAUGAUGAAGAUAUGGAGGUUACAGAGGCCAUUCGUCUGAACAUCGAACGGAAGCGGUCACUAUCUUUGGGACAAGGUCGCGUUUCACUUCCGAAUCGCCGUCGUUCAUCCGUUGCGCCCGUAACUGCCUCUCAAAACCAAUCGGAGAACCAGCCCCCACCCCGAAUUACUCGCCCAGAGCCUGAGCGAGAGCCAUUUGAUGAUCAAGGCCAGGAUGACAGUGUUUCCUCUACGAUGUCCCAAUCCUUUGUAUCGGAAGGCUCUUCUGCUGAUCAAUCACAGCCUAUGGAAUUUACUAUCCCUAUCGCACGAUCUCUACGUCCGUCCGAACCGCCUAGUGAAGCUUGGUUGAAGUUGCGAGCAAUGACCCACGCUGGGGAUGAACCAUAUGAACCUCCAGCGGAUAGUUCUGAAGAUGACAUCAGUAUACCGACGACAUAUACGCAAGGCGCGGAGGAAGGGGAACCCAUGGAGUUGACAGAUGCUAUGACCCGCCUCAUGAAGGCACGCUCUUCUUUGGGCCUGCCACCGGUCUCCGCUCCACUUGCGAAUCCGGGACCUACUCAGACUGUAUCUGAAACAUUCGACGACAACGAUGCUAUUGCGCAGGAGCAAGGGUUCCAAGACGAUAGCUUCACGAGUACGGAGGACAGCUUCGCCAACGAUUUCGAUGCCGGCGAUCGUACUAUGAAUGUGACGAGCCUAAUGAGGGCUAGCCUUGGUGCCCAAGAUACCUCCAUGGAAUCCGCAAGUGUGUAUAGUGGAGCUGGAGAUGACGAGCGUGUAGUGAAGGUUCCGCUGGGAGUAACAGUGGGGCCUCCUGCUGAAGCUCCUGUUCAACAUCCCAUCACCAUUCAGAAAACACCAUCGCCGCCUAUUGUUGAUUCGACGACCAGCGCACCGGCCCCUAGGCCGCCUAUCUUCAGCACUCAAACAUCCUCGCGGCCCAGCAUCUUUUCUGCACCUGCAGCCAAAACGCCGGCCCAGACACCUCGCUCACCAUCCAAGAUCCCCACGGCGACAGUCCCCAAACCGUUCACAUUUAGUCUAGCACGAUCGGCAGCACAGGUCGCACCCAGCCCUGUACCUUCCGGUGCUUCAGCAGGCUCUAAUGUGCCGCAGUCCCCAGCAGUCAAGCCUUCGGCAGCUUUCGCGCCUCCAUCUGUGCGCAAGUCGCCGCAAAAACGACCCGCUCCUCCGGGGUCAGAGAGCGCGGCUCAGCCCAGCCCCGCGAAGCGAGCUGCUAUAGGCAAGCUUGAGCCUGCGAAGAAAGCGCCGUUUGAGAGAAUUGUACCAUCUGGCCAGCUGCCCGUCAACAGACGUGCAAGCAUGGUGCGGAGGCCGUCGGGUUACUUCGCGCAGAGGAAGAGCCUGGGUGCAGGUGUCCUCCCCUCUGCAGCGGGAUCUAAUGGGAGAUUGGGCAGUCCAAAGAAGCCUGGAGCAGUGGGACUACGACCACGAAGUAGUGUAGGAGCUGCACCUUCUGGGCAGGGACUUGGCAUUGCACCUUUACAAGAACGUACAGCAGAGGAGGCGCAGUUGUAUCCCGAUGUUGCGCGCAUCCUACGAGAAGAUCCGCCGACUCCAUCCAGGACUGGGAGCCCUGCAUCGGGCAAUGGCAAGUCGUGUGAGAGGGAGACGCUCCGACAGGCUAUAGCUAUCCCCAGCCCGACGCGUGGAUCGCCGUCACCCGCGUCCUCACGACCAAGCUCUCCCUCGCCUUUUGCCGCCAGACUGAGUGCUCCCCAAAGGAUACCUUCCCCCGCUGUACCUUUGCUUGAGCCAGAAACACCAGGAGCAUCAUCUGCCCAGAGUCCUCCGCCGGCUGUCGCUCCUACUCCGACCGUUACACAGACCCCCUUCCUAUCUACCGGAAUCCCGCGACCUACAGCGCAGGUUCAGUCGGAGAACUCAGCCACUCAGCAAUGGCAGCAGAACGUUGUUCAAGAAGAUUUGGGGUACGAAGACGAGGGUCCGCCAAUUUCUAUUGAGCAGUUCUUCGAGAUGACAGGAAUUCGAUUUAUGGACGAGCUCACGAUGCCGAAGCCACGGCAGUCGAUCGCUCCGCCUCCCCAGCUACGGGCUCGGUCGCGGCGGCGAUCGUCUGCAGAAUUCAAUUCGGAUGCCUAUGAAGAUGACCCGAUCUCUCUCGCUGAGUUCUCUGUCACAAUGGCGGUCGAGCUGCCUCAGCUCGAACUCUUCGCUGCAGUGUCGAAUGACCUGACGGCGUGGAUCGAAGAAAGCAAGAAGAUCUGCCUGGAAGCAGAGAACGAGACAGAAAAGGUCACUCCAGAGCUAUUCCGCGACUUCGUAGCGGCGGAUGAGUCAGAACAGUCGCUUCUAGUUCAUCAACUGAAGUUGAUCAAGGCGAACAACUAUGCGCUGGCAAAGUCUCAAUGGUACGAUUGGAAAACCGUUUGGAUCGAGCGACUAGAUCGCCGAGCGGAGGAAGAGUUCUCACAUCUCGAAUCCGAUGCGCAAGUACUUGCCAAGGUCGUCAAACAAGCCCAAGGGAUCCUGCCCGAUCUGCGUGCAGAGUAUGCACAGGUGAUGGCUGAGCUUGAGCAAGAGCAGGCGGAUAUUGCUGAGAUUGAGACAUCGGACCAAGACUACCUAGGCGAGCUCAAGGCCACUAUCGCGGAGCAGACGUGUGUCACUUUCACUGGGCAAAUCUUCGUGCGCAUUACUGAUGGAGAUAAUACUCCUUUCAGCAAUGAGCUGGAGGCCUUCCGAACAGAUGUUUCGGAGAGCAGGGCCAAGCUUGAGCGUUUUGAGGAGAAAUUGGCCGAAAUUGAGUCGCAGAAGCAGGAGGCGUCCAGCGCCAUUGCUUACUCUCAGCACAGUAUCCAUAUCAAAAAAGAGAGUACGAGCGUGGAGGUAAUCAAACUACGGGAUGAGCUAGAAGCUCUACAAGAUCUACACCUGUGGCGCACCACCAAGCUCGCUGCGGACAUCGUUGAAUUUAUUUAUGCCUCACGAUAUCAAGUCACCAUUCCUUGUAUCAUGCACAAACCUAUUGCCAACAAGGUGUCCAUCUCGAGAGCUCCGAAUUCUCGGACCAGAGAACGAGACACGUUCCCGCGAUUUACGGACCUUGCUCUACUUACGGCCCAGCAAAUGGUCGCGAGCUUGGGGCAGUGUAGUCUCCGUGGGGUCGUGGAACGACUGAGCGACUUCUGGUCAUCCUGCUCGCAAGUUCGUUCACAACUUACCUUUCUUGCCGUGAAAUACCCGCUUUCGGUGGAGACCAGAUCGAAGAUUGAAGGCCAGCUGCCGGAUCUCCAUGCCAAGGCGACCGUUAUGUUUCCCAGCGUGAAGGGAAAGGCAUAUAUAUCUUUCAUCUUUGAUUCACAAACGUAUUCACGAUGGCCCAUGUCAUUCGAGUCGCUGAAAGCGGAUGUCGAAGUAGCUUACGGCCGUAUACGUGCUAUGAACACGCCGCCGUCGUCUCUCCGCGAUAUUUACGUGACACCGUCCAACGCCUGGUCAUUUAUUCCGCCGCCACCGGGUCCAGCGCCAGAGAACUUGACGUCUGUCUACCCUUCUUCCUCCUCUUCUUCCCCAUCCUACCAAUGGUCUACGCGCACCAGUCAAAACCCCUUUCUCGACCUCUCUGUCAAUGUUGUCGACGAUGAGAGUGGUGUUGAUGUUACCGUGCUCGCAAAAGGUCUAGCGGGGGCCGCGCUGUUACGCUAUGUCACCACCGCAAUAGUAAUGCCAUGGCAGGUGGGGAGGAUCUUGUUGCAAGUGCAGUGGGUACCGCGAGAUGCAGGCGAAGUACCACCCGAUGCCGUGCUCACGACCGACGCUGUGGAAGAGGAUGAGCUGAGCGACACAUCUAAUGAUAACGAUGCAUACUUUGCGGAUCCAACCAAACUUGUGGAUGACACAGCUUCUGGUUCUCCGCCUCGACUAGCCGACGAACGGGGAUACAUAGUCAGGCAAUCCGUACUAGAAGAGGGUACAAUUCCGGAGUAUGUUAUGCCAGUCGGCACCAGUGAUGGGCCAUGGGGCAUGAUGAAGCAACUGGGUCGUUUUCGAGCGGAAGGCUGGCUGUCGCUGUGGAAAGGAUCCUCAUCCCUUCUCUUGCCCGUCGCUUCGUACACCCUGACAGGCUUCCUCCUAUCCCCACUCGAUCUCAUACGUACGCGACUUAUCAUUCAAUCCUCUCAUCCCCGCUACCGCACCUACUCCGGACCAAUCGACGCUCUCCAGCAGAUUCUCACUCAGGAGGGUGGCCUCCGCGGGAUCUAUCUUCACCCACACCUCCUCAUCCCCGCCCUCCUCGACUGUGCCCUGCACGCUCUGCUCCCGCUCACGCUUCCGGGACUUAUCGCGUCAUACCUCGGCUUCGGUGCGCAGAUCGCGCCGGAGACACAUCCCAUGUUCUGGGCGGUCGCCGAGCUGCUCGGUGGUUGUGCAGGCUUCCUCAUCACGCUGCCCGUAGAGACCGUCCGGCGGCGGCUUCAGGCACAGAUGCGCGGCACCGCACGGCCGCUGCGCGCAUGUGUUGAGCUGCGUCCUGCGCCAUACAAUGGAGUUGUGGACACCAUGUGGCACAUUGUUACAGAGGAGCGUUCGGACCUGCCGCUGCGCACGAAGAGCCGGCAGCGUCACGGGAAGGCGAAGGAGGAUACUGGACGCGAAGAAGUGGAAGACGCGAGCUGGUCGCGAAGCACAGGGGUUGGUCAGCUAUACCGCGGGCUGAGCAUCCGCAUCAUGGCGAGUGUCAUCAUGUUCGUGGCUGCUGUUGUCAGUGGAGACGACACUACGGAUGCAGGAUGGGCGGAAUUAUGA